AAACCCAAUCUCAUAAAUAUCUCUGUUUUUGGGCCCUAAAUUUACGUGGGGCAUUUAUGUAUGUGGGUCCAGAUUUGCGUUUCCCAGUAACGAUUGGGGUCUUGGAUUUCUGGGUUGAAUCGAAUUUUUCAACUAACUGAAGGAGUUUGUUUUAUGUCGGAUUUAUUCUUUUGAUCGAAUUUAUUGUGGGUGUGAAUGGGCAUUGAGGAAGUAGAUGGGAGGUGCUGUUGUUGAGUUUUGGAUGCGGGUUUCUGUUUGUUUUUGGAAACUUUUAGGGAAUUGCUCGUGUGUUUAUCGAUUGAUGGUUUUCGAGUGAGUUAGGUAGCGCGCUUGGCUUUGUAUAUUGUGUUGCCUGUGAUAGAUUUGGUGUAUUGGGGGAGCUUUUCUGAAUAUUUGGGUAUUGAUUCUGUGGUGGGAUUCCGAAGUUGCGUGCUGAAUUUGAAGAAUGAAUAGUUGUUUCCUUUUUUGGCAAUUAAUUUGGUGAAUCAAUAUUCAUCUUAGUUGCUAAUUGUUGCAUAAUUGUGUGCAGAAUUCUUUUAUGGAUGAAGGAGCAAUUUGAGAGGAAGAAGAGAUGAAAGUUACUUUUGAGGGUUUGGAGGUACAAUGACUGGAGGGUCAUUGGGGUUAAGAUUAUCGGGAAGUUUCGGGUCCUUGCAGCAACAGGCACAGAAUGGAGGAUUGCAAUCUCAGAAUGUGUAUAUAACUCGGAGGUCUUCGAAGACGUCUCUCAAUGGUUCUAGGGAGAAGGAAAGAUUCUUCUCUUCUACUUUAAGAUACUUGUGCAGAAGGAAAGUUGGGAUGCUGAUUUUGGCUUCAUUUGCGGUAUUGGGUUUCAUGACAGGGUUCUUUACAGUCAACAAAGAGGAUGAUUUCGAAGGCUAUGGUUUGCCAUUUGAUACCAGAUACAUAACCAAGUCUUAUGUUACACCUUGGCUAUUGCCUGGAAAAGAAGUAAUACAUAGUAAUUCUAAAAUCAACAAAGUGUUAGUAUGUGAUUAUCGUACCGGGUGGGCCACUCUCUUCAAUGCUUCAGCUGUGGGUAACUCUUCUACUUCGGCUACUGUUCUAACCAAUCCAUGCAAAGGGUUUGCAUUUCCUCCCCCUCCUCCUGGUGAUAAGAGGCGAAUUGGUCCAAGACCUUGUCCGGUAUGCUACAUUCCCGUGGAGCAGGCAAUAGCUCGUAUGCCUGGGUUCCCAUCACCAUCUCCUAUCGUUCAUCAUUUAAAUUAUUUCUCUGAGGAAAAUCCAUCGAAAACUGAAGCAAAUGGAGGGUCUGAUUUUGGUGGUUAUCCUUCUCUGAAACAGAGGAAUGAUUCUUUCAAUAUUAAAGAGUCAAUGACUGUUCAUUGUGGAUUUGUCAAAGGCUGCAGAGCUGGUUAUCAAACUGGAUUUGAGAUUCAUAUGGCUGACCUUGAGGUGUUGGAGCAGUUCCAUGAGGUCAUUGUUGCCUCUGCUAUAUUCGGAAAUUAUGAUGUGAUUCAGCAGCCAAAGAAUAUUGGUGAAACUGCAAGAAGCAAAGUUCCCUUCUUUAUGUUCAUUGAUGAAGAGACUGAAAGAUAUAUGAAGAAUUCUAGUCUCUUGGGCAGCGACAAACAGGUUGGGUUAUGGAGGAUUAUAGUUGUACGCAAUGUUCCUUACACUGACCCAAGAAGAAAUGGAAAGGUGCCAAAGCUAUUGUUGCAUAGGCUCUUUCCAAAUACCCGAUUCUCUAUCUGGAUUGAUGGAAAGCUGCAGCUCGUUGUGGACCCCUACCAGAUUCUUGAAAGGUUCUUGUGGCGCCAUAAUGCGACUUUUGCUAUAUCAAGGCAUUAUAGACGCUUUGACGUAUUUGAAGAAGCUGAGGCAAACAAAGCUGGAGCGAAAUAUGAUAAUGCUUCUAUUGAUUACCAAAUUGAAUUUUAUAAAAAGGAGGGUUUAACACCAUACACAACUGCUAAGCUUCCCAUAACUAGUGAUGUACCUGAAGGGUGUGUAAUUAUUAGAGAGCACAUUCCCAUCACAAAUCUUUUCAGCUGUCUGUGGUUCAAUGAAGUUGAUCGAUUUACUUCUAGGGAUCAGCUGAGUUUUUCAACGGUGAGGGAUAAAGUUGUAGCCCAAGUUAACUGGAGCAUCAAUAUGUUUCUAGAUUGCGAAAGACGCAAUUUUGUAAUACAGGCAUAUCAUAGAGAUUUAUUGGAACAAAGAGCUCAAAUGGCAAGAACUCGUCCUCCACCAGCUUUAGUUCGUGCUAGAGCUCUUCCUAAGAAAGGCCCUGUUCGACGUGGAAGAGACAAGAAAUCUGGCCCAAGGAAGCGUCGAAGAGUUACUCCCAAGAACAGGGAAAAUUACUUUAUUUGAUUUUUCAUUUAUUUUUCCCAAAAGAGGAGGUACUGUAUAGUGUUUUUUUAGUCUGUUACUUGGCAGUUAUACGACAAUUCUUUGGAUUUUUUGAGGUUUCUCAUGGACACUUUUUUGCACAGCGAAUAGAGAAAAUUUGCUCGAGCAUUUAUCCAAAUUGUCAACAUAUCAAUUCAUGAUGUUGUAACUACUUUGCUGCCAAUAAUUUAGAUUUAGAUUCUGGAUUUA